GAGAGAGAGAGAGAGAGAGAGAGAGCGAGCAGGCAGGGCUCCGGCAGUAGGUCGGUAUGUAGCGACAGCGAAGCCUUUGACUGGGAUUACAAAGAGGGAAAAACACGCCUUGGAAAGAAAAUAUCACCAGCUGGAUUAAAAAUAAAACCAUCCGAGGAUGAGACACACACCGUCCGCUUGAAGGAGAAUCUAAAACACGCCGUUAUUCCGCUUAGUUAUCACCGUUUUUUACGAAAAUGGCGAACGACUCUCCGGCCAAAAGUCUGGUGGAUAUAGACCUGGCAUCCCUGCGGGAUCCUGCUGGGAUUUUCGAGUUGGUGGAAGUAGUCGGAAAUGGCACCUAUGGACAAGUCUACAAGGGUCGACAUGUCAAGACAGGACAACUGGCGGCCAUCAAGGUCAUGGACGUCACAGAGGAUGAAGAGGAGGAAAUUAAGUUGGAAAUCAACAUGCUGAAGAAGUACUCCCACCACAGAAACAUAGCCACCUACUAUGGAGCCUUCAUCAAAAAAAGUCCACCAGGCCACGAUGAUCAGCUAUGGCUGGUGAUGGAGUUCUGCGGUGCUGGUUCCAUCACGGAUCUGGUAAAGAACACAAAAGGCAACUCACUGAAGGAGGACUGGAUUGCCUACAUCUCCAGAGAGAUUCUCAGGGGAUUAGCUCACCUGCAUGCCCAUCAUGUCAUCCACCGUGACAUCAAGGGACAAAAUGUGUUGCUGACUGAGAAUGCUGAGGUGAAACUGGUGGACUUUGGUGUGAGUGCUCAGCUGGACCGGACAGUAGGCCGGAGGAACACCUUCAUUGGGACUCCUUAUUGGAUGGCUCCAGAGGUUAUUGCUUGUGAUGAAAACCCGGAUGCUACCUAUGACUACAGGAGUGACCUGUGGUCCUGUGGAAUCACAGCCAUAGAGAUGGCUGAGGGAGCACCACCACUGUGUGACAUGCAUCCAAUGAGAGCCCUGUUCCUCAUUCCCAGAAACCCUCCUCCUCGACUCAAGUCCAAAAAAUGGUCGAAAAAGUUCUUCAGCUUCAUUGAGGGCUGCCUGGUGAAGAAUUACACCCAGCGCCCCCCAACUGAGCAGCUGCUGAAACACCCCUUCAUCCGGGACCAGCCCAAUGAGAGGCAGGUCCGCAUCCAGCUCAAAGACCAUAUCGACCGAACCAAGAAGAAGAGGGGUGAAAAGGAUGAGACAGAGUAUGAAUACAGUGGCAGUGAAGAAGAAGAGGAAGAAGCAUCUGAGCAAGAAGGAGAGCCAAGCUCCAUAGUCAACGUGCCGGGUGAGUCGACCUUGCGCCGUGACUUCAUCCGGCUGCAGCAGGAGAACAAGGAGCGUUCAGAGGCUCUGCGCCGCCAACAGCUCCUCCAGGAACAGCAGCUCCGCGAGCAGGAGGAGUAUAAACGCCAACUACUGGCUGAGAGGCAGAAACGUAUCGAGCAGCAGAAGGAGCAGAGAAGACGGCUGGAGGAGCAACAACGUCGUGAGCGUGAGAUGAGGAGGCAGCAGGAGCGUGAGCAACGCCGGCGUGAGCAGGAGGAGAAGAGACGCAUUGAAGAAAUGGAGCGACGCCGAAAAGAGGAGGAAGAGCGUAGGAGGGCUGAGGAAGAAAAGAGGAGGGCCGACCGAGAACAGGAGUACAUCCGUCGCCAGUUGGAGGAGGAGCAGAGGCACCUGGAGAUCCUGCAGCAGCAGCUGCUUCAUGAACAGGCCAUGCUGCUGGAGUAUAAAUGGCGGGAGCUUGAGGAACAGCGUCAAGCACAGAAGCUCCAGAGACAGCUGCAGCAGGAGCAGGCCUACCUGCUGUCCCUCCAGCAAAACCAGAACCUGGACAGUAGCAAAACAGCCCAGCAACAGAGCACCAAACCCUCACAGAACCUUGAACCUGAAAGGGAAAAGUCCCCGCAGUGCCCUGGCCUGGAUACAGCAAUGCAACCACAGAACAUUGACUUUGAGAAGACACGGUCCAGUCAAACUCACAGUCUGGAGAAAACUACAGACAACAAGCUACCUGUCACUGACCUCCAAGGCCCCGCUCCUGACUCUGAGACAGUCAGAGAGGCUGAUGAGCGGUACCGGAAGAACAUCCAGGGUUCUCCUCAGUCAGCUCAGACCAAACCACAGCAGCCUCCGGUGCCACCACGUUCCGAGUCUUCCUAUGCCAACGGGAACUCGGCAUCAGAGGCACCCGCCAUGCACCGCCCUGUGGAGCCACAGGUUCGCUCCCUUCUGGCUGCCUUAAAGAGCAGCGGCAGCGUGGCAUCGAACUCCCCCACUACCACCCCGCCCAUUGUGUCGCGGUCGCACUCCUUCAGCGAGCCGCUCACCCCUAGCUUUGAAAAACUUCACCUUCGCAACAGCCAGGAACCCCACCAACACCAUCACCUUCCAUCUUCAUCACCAUCCUCCUCAUCAUCAACGCCUGCACGCAUUGACCCACAGCCCCUCCCCCAGCCUAGGCCCUCACCCCAUGAACCAGCCCCUUCAGAAGAGGUCCCACCCAGGGUUCCGGUCAGGACUACAUCAAGGUCCCCAGUGUUGUCAAGGCGAGACUCGCCUCAUCACCACAGCCACGCCUCACAGAGCAGCCAUGCCGUACAUCGCAAUGCUGCAAGUACAACAGAACCUCGGCUGCUGUGGGAGCGAGUGGAGAAACUGGUUCCCAGACCAACCAGUAACAGCGGAAGUGGAGGCUCCAGUUCCUCCAGCAGCUCCAGUAACUCCAGCUCUCAGCCCAGUUCACACUGUGGCUCUGGAGAGAGGUUCAGGGCCCGCUCCUCUUCCAAAUCGGAGGGCUCGCCCCUCCAACGGCCAGAGAAUGCUGGGAAAAAACCAGAGGAGAGGAGAGACUUGGUCAGGCCAAACAGACCAGCGGACCUGACAGCUCUGGCCAAAGAGCUGCGUGCAGUGGAUGACGUUCGCCCCCCAAAUAAAGUGACAGAUUAUUCAUCCUCCAGUGAAGACUCAGACACCACUGAUGAAGAUGAUGAUGAAGAGGUGGACCAGGAGGCAGGUGAAGAGUCGACCUCUGGCCCGGAGGACUCCAGAGCUGUUUCUUCCAGGCUGAGCAAUGGAGAGACGGAGUCAGUGAAAACCAUGAUUGUUCAUGAUGAAGGCGAGAGUGAUGCAGGCUCAAUGCCCUGCAAAGACAGCACUCUGAUUGUCAGACAGAAUAGCCACUGUAGUUUGCCCUUUGCUCUAGCUAACACCUUCCCUUCGCCUGAACUCAUCAGGAACACAUCUAGACCCAAAGUUGUCUACCCCUCUUUCUAUUUCCAGAGUGCAGGUGACAACAGAAAGCGUCCAGGCCCUGGCCUGGCCCAAGCCCAGACCCCUGGCCUGCUUGCAGGCUUUGCUACAAGCCCUGGCUCAGUGUCGGGGCCGGGUCUUGGCCACCAUACUCCCAGCCCCCAUCAUCAUCAUCACCACCAUCACCCCACACAGCAUGCGGAUAGGAACGGCUUUGCUGGCCGCAUCCACCACCUCCCAGACCUCAUCCAGCAGAGCCACCAUUCCUCCCCUUCCUCUGCAUCCAACUCCCCUUCCUCCUCCAGCCUUGCCAGCCCCUCCUCCAUGUCACCCCAGAGUCCCCUGGACAAGCUCGGCAUCCUCGUAGAGAGCCAGUCUAGUAACAACAUGCAGAAACACAAGUCUUCUUCCUCCUUCACUCCGUUCAUCGACCCACGCCUCCUCCAAGUCUCUCCAUCCACUGGAAGUGCGCUCAACAAUGUUGGCUACAGCAACGAUGCCCGGCUGGCAGAGGCACUGAGGGCUGACCCAUCUCGAAAGGGCUCCGUGGUUAAUGUUAACCCGGUCAAUACUCGUCCUCAGAGCGACACACCAGAGAUCCGCAAAUACAAGAAAAGGUUCAACUCUGAGAUCCUAUGUGCUGCACUCUGGGGAGUGAACCUGUUGGUUGGAACAGAGAGCGGUCUGAUGCUGUUGGAUCGUAGCGGCCAGGGGAAAGUUUACCCUCUGAUCAACCGACGGCGCUUCCAGCAAAUGGAUGUCCUGGAAGGGCUCAAUGUUCUGGUCACUAUAUCAGGUAAGAAGAACAAGCUUCGUGUGUACUACUUGUCCUGGCUGAGGAACAAGAUCCUGCACAAUGAUCCUGAGGUGGAAAAGAAACAGGGUUGGACCACUGUAGGAGACCUUGAGGGCUGUGUCCACUACAAAGUUGUGAAAUAUGAGAGGAUCAAAUUCUUGGUUCUUGCCCUGAAGAACUCAGUGGAGGUCUACGCCUGGGCACCCAAGCCCUACCACAAGUUCAUGGCCUUCAAGUCGUUCGGUGACUUGGUGCACAAACCCCUGCUGGUUGACCUGACUGUGGAGGAAGGUCAGAGGCUAAAGGUCAUCUACGGCUCAUGCUCAGGCUUCCACGCUGUUGAUGUCGACUCUGGGGCUGUCUACGACAUCUACCUGCCCACACACAUCCAAACCAGUAUUCAGUCUCACGCCAUCAUCAUACUGCCCAACACAGACGGCAUAGAGCUGCUGGUGUGCUAUGAGGAUGAGGGUGUUUACGUCAACACCUAUGGACGCAUCACCAAGGAUGUGGUACUGCAGUGGGGAGAGAUGCCCACCUCAGUGGCCUACAUUCGUUCCAACCAGAUCAUGGGCUGGGGGGAGAAGGCCAUAGAGAUCCGUUCAGUGGAGACAGGCCAUCUGGAUGGUGUCUUCAUGCACAAGAGAGCCCAGAGACUCAAAUUCCUCUGUGAAAGAAAUGACAAGGUGUUCUUUGCCUCCGUUCGGUCCGGAGGCUCCAGCCAGGUCUACUUUAUGACUCUGGGCCGAAGCAACCUGCUCAGCUGGUAGAGGUCCACACCCUAUACCUGUCUUCCUCUUCCUCCUCAUCCUCCUCCUCUUCCUCAUCUUCCUUAUUGUCCUCCUCCCUUGCUAACACUGGAUCUCAGAACCCACUGUCAACCUCUCGUCAGCCCUUGGACAAACAAAAGAGAACAAAAACAACGACCGACCAGCCCUUUGGAGCAGUCAACAACAAUGGCUUCACCCUCCCUCUGAAGCCACAGCCUUGCCGCACCCAAGCUCUAGGGCUGCAUACCACACAGUGACAACUGGUCAUCGCCCGCUGAAAUACCUGAAGUGACAGCUUGCGUACAAAAUGAAAUUAGUGAUUUAUUAAUAUAUGAAAGGAAGUAGAAAAAAAUGAAAUGUGAAUUCAAGAAAAGGAGACAAACAACAAAGUUUCCCUCCGUUUUCUUGGUGCUCAUCAGAUUGCGAUGGGAUAGAUUUUGUACCUCUGCAUCAUUUCCUGGGCUGAUCAGUAAGCUUGGGGUCCUCUAACUACUAGUACUGCUACCACUAUUAUUAAUACUACUGCUACUAUGUUCUGCAGGUCUGCCUCUUGUAAGAGAGUUCCCCCUCUGCCCCACGUUCUUGCCCUCUGCCCUUUCAUGUGAGCAUUUCAUGGGGCUGGUGGGGUUGGAGUCUGUUGUGUUAACGCUACAGUAGUGUGUGUAAAUGUACUUCUGUUUGGUCAGCUGACAUACUGGUUAGAGACUGUUGAGACUGUCAGCCAGGCGACAAACAGGAGGGAAGGGCCUAAUAAUUGAGGUUUUACUGUAAGUUUGAUUGAUGAGAUUCGACAGUAGGAGGUAUGUGUGUUGUUGAAGUAUUGUGUUGUUUGGACAGGUGCUUUAAAAAGAAGGGGGAUGAGAGAGAGAGAAAGAGAUGUUGAAGCAGAUGGAUUUCAGAAUAGUAUUUUUUGAAUUAUUACUAUUAUUAUUAUUAUUAUUAUUAUUAUGAUUCCUUGAAGAUAAGUGUAACUAUGUGGAGUUAAACAUGUCUUUUACCUUGUUUUUUAAGAUUUACGCACAUCCACCCACAGUCUACCGUUUGCUUGCUUUUACUCUGAACCCACAGAAGUGCAAGGUGUGUUUGUCUAAGAAGAAAGUGAUGUGGGUAUGGUCCAAAAAAUUAAAUAAAUAAAAGGUGUCUAUGUACAAUAAAAGUUAAUUUAAGCUUC